AUGGCUUCUCGGAUCUUGCGUUUUAUUAUAUUUCCACCGUAUGCAGCCAGCCUUUCUGUCGAUUUCAAGUCGAUCUCCUGUCUCCUCCGUGCAAUGUGUUUCGCUAUUUCAGAUCCUUCUCUAUCAAAGUUUCUAGAGUCUUUGAUUUUCCUUGAUUCGCAGUCAGAUUUUUCUUCCUGUUUCACCAAUCUACUUCUGCUCACAGUUGCUGCAUUUGAUGCAAUAAACUCCCGAGCAAUCUAG